AUGUCACCAACACUUCAACAAAAAAAUAUACAAAUUUUAUUUUUCAACAAUUUACUAAUUUUAAUUUUUCUAUUAAUCUUCUUUCUAAUUCCUCCAAUAAAUUCCUUUGACUAUUUUGACGCAACAUCAAAACAAAAACAAAAUUCUUUUAAUUAUUCAAAUUUAUUAAAAUCAAAAAAUAUUGAAAAUAAAAUAAAUGAAGGGGGAAAUAAUUCUUUAAAUAAUUCUUUACCUUUAAUUUCGAAUUUAAAAAUGCCCUCAAAUUUGGAAAAUGUUAAUAUUGAGAUUCAAUUACGUGGAUAUUCCAAUCCAGACUUUAGACUGCCUCAGGGGAGGCUGUGUACUUGCCCUAAAGGCUCUUUUGGUGAACAUUGUAUUCAGGCUAGUCCACAACGUAAUGGAUACAAUUGCCUUACAUCUUUAACAAUUUUUGUUCUUUCUGCGAGUUCUUCUCUUAAAUAUUUCCAAACAGUUUAUAAUCCACUUAACCAAGCAGGUCAACUUAAUUUUGAACAAGUGCCACAAAAGUUUUUGAUUGAUUCUCAGCCUUCUGCCAUAGCCGUUCUAGUUUACAAUUUGGGACCUCAAAUUGAUUCCGAUGGAAAUUUGUAUGAAACAAAUACUGUAACUCUUGUUGACAGUUUCAUUCAACCUUUAAAUUUAUUUUCUGGUUAUUCUUCGGAUAUUCGUGGACAACAAAGUGUUAACCUUAUUGGGGAAAUAUUGGGAACUCAAUUGUCGUUUACUUAUUCUGUUUCGUGUGCCGGAGGAAUAAGUAGAGAUGGUAGACGUUUAAUGGGUCCUGGUUGUGAUUUAAAUUGUAAUACUACAUCAAUUACAACAAAUAAUGCAAUUUGUGAGAAUGUAAAAACUGGGUAUUUUAGUCAAUGUAAAUGGACUAAUGGGGGAAAUUUGGAUGUCACCAAUUGUCAAAAUUGUCCCUUUGGUGUUAAAAACAAUGCUUAUUGUGCUGAUGAACAGGGAGGAGUGUUAUAUGGGGAAGUUGUCUCAACUUUUUAUUAUAAUGGAUUUAUUAUUCUUUGUCUUGUUUCUGGUAUUUUGUUCGUUUUAUUGUUGUUAUUGUUAACUUGUUUGCUGUUUUCGAGAAGAAGCUCCAAACAAGAUAAUAAUCAAAACAAAUUUCAUUCCUCAAAAAGAAGUAACGAAUCUACCCUCCUAAAAUCAACUUUUAAUAACCGCCCAGAACUAAUUCCAUUAAAUUCGUCAAAAGAAGAAACAAAAAAUAAUAAUAUAAAAAUAAUUCCCCCCUCGUAUAACAAAAAUGAAAUUAAUUUAAAUCCACCCCCUCCCUCCCCUUUCCCUCGAAGUAUUAAUGCAAGUACUGCAAGUAUUCCUAAUGAUAUAGUAAUUAAUGGACAACAACAACAACGUUUUCCUGUCAUACAAAAUGGUGGAAAAUUGAGAAAAACACUUUCACCUCCACGUUUUCAACCUUUACCUCAUCUUGGCCCUCAAGCAGACAAUAAUAUAGUGAACAGCAAUUUUGCUAGCCGAACAGGGACGCCUAGUGUUUCUGCUGAUGUUUAA